AGUCUCUACACUAAUGAAUGCAAGAAAAAACAGCUAAUAUCAACUUGUUUAGCCAGCAAUGGCACCUAAAGUCUCUCUACUGCUCUUAUAUGCUUUCCUCUUUCUCUCCCUUUUCUUUUCCCAGAUAUCAUCCUCGCCGUCAGCUUUUGACUUUAUCAACCAGUUGCAGGGAUCCAAGAAAGGAGACAGAGUGAAAGGACUGUACAACCUCAAAAAGUAUCUAAAAACAUUUGGUUAUAUUAAUGAUCUUUCCUAUAACAGCAGUUCUUCGGAAGCCGAUUAUUUCUCAGAUCAACUGGAAUCCGCCAUAAGAAUUUAUCAGACCAGACAUCACCUCAACUCCACCGGAAUUCUGGACGCAGACACCGCAAGACAGAUGAUGAAGCCCCGUUGCGGAGUGGCGGAUAUCAUCAACGGCACGCGGCGGCGUCCCGGCGGAGAGGUGGUUCCGCAUUACCGUUUCUAUCCCGACGAGCCCAAGUGGCCGGCUAACAAGCGCCACCUCACGUACGGAUUCGCACCCGGCACUCCGUCUAAAUUCAUCGUCCCCGUAGCGACGGCCCUUAAAGCCUGGCAUAAUGUGGGGGAGUAUUUCUCGUUCUCAAGAACUGGCUUCUUCAAUGCAGAUUUAAAGUUCGCACUGUUUAGCGGCGAGCACGGCGACGGGGUGCCGUUUGACGGCCGCGGAGGAUCCUACGCUCACGCAUUUCCGCCCGAAUAUGGGGACUGUCACUUUGACGCCGACGAACACUGGGUGGAAUUCGGCCCACCUCCCAACGGUUUAGACAUUCAAAGUGUUGCGUUGCAUGAGAUCGGACACCUUCUGGGGCUUGAUCACAGUGAACACCGUGAAGCUGUUAUGUGGGAAGAGUUUGAAUAUGGUGAGAAGAAACGGGACCUUACAGCUGAUGAUAUAAAUGGAAUUAGAGCUCUUUACCAUUUCUAGCACCUCAGCGGACAACAAUGUAACAAUAAUACUUAGAUUUCUAUGUUGUCCAGAUAAAAUAAAAUAUUUAAAUUACUAGUUCAGGCAUCUUUUCUGGUCAAAG